AUCCAAUAUAAACAUCCAGAAUUCUCGAACAAACCUGCUUGCUCUUACAUCAGCAUAGGCCCUUUCAUGGAGAAUCACAUAGGGACUUCAUUUAAUGAAAUCGUGAGAUUUUAACAUGAAAAUGAACUGGUCCUGAUCAAAUGGUUGCCCAUGCAGAGCUGUAUUUAACUCUGUUUUUAUAGACAAACAAAUACAAAUACACUAGCACAAAAAGUUUUCCCUGAUUUUGAUUAAGAUAUGCGGCUCAAAAGUGCUUGAGACUCUAUCAGAGGACAUGCCUCAGAAAAUAAAAGGUCUUUUCAAUCAUCAUCGCCGCACUCUAUUGGAACAUAAUCUGCUUUUGCAAUUCAAACAAGAAUUGUCGAUUUUGAAAUCUAAAUAUUGGGACUUCUCUUUUUUUCAGUUCCCAGAAUUUUCUUGGGAAGCAAACAAGUAGGCAUCUUGAGAAACAGAGAUUCAUAGAAGGUAAAAGAGAAGAGGGGAUCUUUCUCUCUCAGACAAAUGCCUCGAUUUGUCGUCAAGGUGAAUGGAAUAGAUGAAGAGAUCAGACUCAUCAUCAUCUUUUAUCAUCACAGAGAAAAACCCCAUCAAUGGAAUCUCAUUCAGCAGAAUUUACAUGUUAAAUAAUCGCAGCCGAAGCAGCAGCGAAUGACUUCAGGGUGACUGCUUUGCUAUUUUCUCCAUCAGUUACCUUUAUAGCUAGUUUGAUUAGGGCUCCUCUGUUUUGAACUGAGUAUUAAAAGUACAUAACAGACCAGAAGUCGGCAAGUGAAAUGUCUAACUUAGCCUUAAGAUCUCCAAACCAAAUUGUCAACGGUCCAGAUGAAUCUGCACAUUCAUUACAUCUUCGGUUUCUUCGCUUCCAGAGGGGAACUAUUAGCAUUUCAGCAAAAAGCCCAAAUUGUUCACUAAUGCUUAGUUACAGAGAUUCAUAAGAUAUGAUUCUUGCACCAAAUCUUUGUUUCAGAACAAUCCCAACAACAUGCACAGCCGUAAAGCAUCAAAAGGAACCUCACCGAUUCAACCCAGUAACUCAAACAAAAACAAAAGCUUGCGAGUGUUAUGAUUUGCACAAGGAGCUAUUGCCAUAUGCAAAGGCAUGGUCUUGGCAAAAACAAAUUGUUGAAGAGAAGAAAGCAUUGCUUCAAAGAAACGAGGAUUGCCCAGAUACAUUAAUCAUUCUCCAGCAUAACCCUGUUUAUACAAUGGGCACCGGUAGCUCUGAAAAGUACCUGAAUUUUGACUUAGCGGAAGCUCCUUUUGAUGUUUAUCGAACUGAACGAGGCGGGGAAGUUACAUACCAUGGCCCUGGACAGCUAGUUAUGUAUCCCAUUAUUAAUCUUCGGAAUCACAAGAUGGAUCUUCACUGGUAUCUUAGGGCACUUGAGGAGGUGGUGAUUCGUGUUCUUUCAUCAACAUUUUCUAUUAAGGCUUCUAGGAUUGAGGGUUUAACGGGUGUUUGGGUUGGGAAUCAGAAAUUAGCUGCAAUUGGCGUAAGAGUAUCUCAGUGGAUAACAUACCAUGGGUUAGCACUUAAUGUCACCACAGACCUGACUCCCUUCAGUUGGAUAGUCCCAUGUGGAUUACAGGAUCGUCAGGUUGGAAGUAUUCAGGGGUUGCUUCAAGAAUUCCAGUCAUCCACAAGAGCAGAUACACAGAAUCCUGAUGAUUGUCAGCUGAUUGAUAUCUCGUACAAGUCCUUGAUUAAGGAGUUUUGUGAAGUUUUUCAGCUUGAAAUCCACCAAAAGGCCAUCCCUGGGUCAGAAUUUUGGAGAGAAAAACAAUAACCAGAUCGAAGGAGCUGAGAAGAAUAGCAAAUCACCUCAAACAAAUAUCCCAACCCUCCAGGGCAUGAACUAUUUUGCUUAACUCUUCUCAGAACAUUUACGUGUAAAAUUUGCAUACCUUGUAGAAGUUUAGUUACCUUGAAUCCCAAGUCCAAAGUGUUUUAUAGUGUAUGAUUGAAAUUUUAGAAAGGCAAAGAAAAGUACAAAAUUAUUUGGUUUA